AUGAAUGAAGUUAAAAUAAAGUCAGAGCCAUUUUUAGAAAAAAAACAUACAUAUAGUACUCAAGAAUGCACACAAAAUGUCCAUUUGAUUACAGAAGGAAAAGCAUCUAUUUUUAUUCCAAAAGAAAAUAAGGUGUUUUAUAACCCAGUUCAGACAUUUAAUAGAGAUCUAAGUGUAAUUGUGGUUCGUUCUUGGAGCAAAUCUUUUCUUAAAAACAAAGAAAUAACAAUAAAAAAGAAAUAUGAAAAGAAAGAGUUUAAACGCCAAAAAGUAUCGUAUUCUUAUGAAGAAAAAGAUAAGAUUCCUGAAGAAUCAGGUGAAAAAUCAGACCAGUCACAUGAAUUGUGUUUGCCAAACUUUAAUAUUCUUGAUGCAUUUUCAGCAACAGGAAUUCGCACAAUUCGUUACAUAAAAGAAAUCCCAAAUGUAGGCAGUGUAGUCGCUAACGAUUUUGCUAAAUCUGCAGUUAAAAUCAUUAAAAAAAAUUGCAUGCAUAACAAUAUCAUAGAAAAAGUAGAACUUAGCUGUGAAGAUGCACGUUUUAUUAUGUAUCAACAAAUUGUUCAAAAAAAGCGUUUUGAUGUAAUUGAUAUUGAUCCCUAUGGGACAGCAGCCCCAUUUAUUGAUGCAGCGAUACAAUGCAUUUCUGAUGGUGGUCUUAUUUGUGUCACAUGUACAGACCUUGCUGUAUUAGCUGGAGGUGGUUAUCCGGAGAAGUGUUUUGCUAACUAUGGUUCUAUGCCUUUUCGUCAUUCUGUUUUUUGUCAUGAGCAGGCACUUCGAAUUGUUUUAUAUACUAUUGCGUCAUCUGCUGCAAGAUAUGGUCGUUAUAUAAAGCCUUUGUUAAGUGUUUUUGUUGAUUUUUACAUACGUUUAUUUGUUAAGAUUGAUACAUCUCCAUAUAAUGUCAAAUUUUUUCAUAGCACAUCAAUGAUGUCUUAUUUAUGUUCUGGGUGUCAUACAUUUUAUAAUCAACCAAUUGGGAAGACGUCUCCAAAUAAAAAUCCAAAUACUUAUAAACAUUUUAAUUCUCAAGGGCCGAUUGUUGGUCCUAAUUGUGAAUUUUGUGGAUUUAAAUGUCAUAUUUCAGGUCCAAUGUGGUCAGGUCCCUUACAUGAUAAAGAAUUUUUAGUGGAUACUCUAAAUAUCAUUGAUUCAGAAUCUGUCGAUAUUUACACAACAUUGCCCCGUAUGAAAGGCAUACUUACUAUUGCAGAAACGGAAUUAAUGGAUCCGUUCUAUUAUAAUCCAACACAUUUGUCAAAAAUUCUUCACUGUCAAACCCCAUCUAUGAAAGAUAUUUCUUCAGCAUUAAUUAACGCUGGUUAUUCUAUUUCUUUAACACACGCAUCCCCAGGAAGUAUAAAAACAAAUGCACCGCCAAAAACAUUAUGGGAUAUUAUGAAAUUUUGGAUUAAAAAAUAUCCUGUAUCCGAAAAACGCAUUCGUGAUGGGACUGUUGCAAAAGAAAUACUUAAAGUUGAACCAAAUACUUACAUUGAUUUUACCUUGCAUCAAGACAUCGAAAAAAUUUUCAAAUAUGGUCUUGUUAAAUACCAGCUGAAUCCUAUUAAAGACUGGGGACCUAAAGCAAAAGCAAGUGGAAAGUAG